UCUCACAUUUUCUUGCUCCUUUUCUCUCUCUCUCUCUCUCCAAGCUUUGUUUCUCUCUGGAGUCUCACCGAAUAGUGCUACAAAGGUACUCCCUUUAGCUCCAUCAUUGCCUAAAGCUUGCAACUUGGGACGAGAUAGGGUUCCUCUGGAUCUCUUCAUCACUGAGUGCUCUGAGGACAUUGGGCUGUGGGUACGGCACUUCUUCCAUAAUGAUGUGAAUCUGGAAGACAUUGGAAUUCAGCUUUGAACAUUUUGGUGUGGCCAUCAUUAGGAAAUACUUUUGCUGUUUGAUCUGAGUCUGCCCUAAGCCUGAUGGGUUCCAGAUUCCCAUCACAUCAGCUCAGCAAUGGCCUGUAUGUCUCAGGCAGGCCUGAGCAGCCAAAGGAGAAGCCUAUGACAAUGAGCUCCACAGCCAUGCCCUAUACAGGAGGAGAUAUAAAAAAAUCUGGAGAGCUUGGAAAGAUGUUUGACAUUCAUGUGGAGAAAUCCAGGAAAUCCGGGCCCCUUAAUGUUUCUUCCAGGAAUGCAUCAUUUGGGGGUGCUGCUUCACAUUCAGGACCUAUUCCACCUAAUACUGCUGGCCGAUCAAGCUAUUCAUCUGGUAACGUUCCUUCUGCAGUGAUUCCAGGUUCCACAUCAGGACUUGUCACCGGAGGUUCAAAUAGACAGAAAUCCAAUUCUGGACCCCUGAGACAUGGGGAUUCUGUUAAGAAGUCAUCUGGCCCUCAAUCUGGAGGUGUCACUCCAAUGGCACGGCAAAAUUCUGGCCCCCUUCCACCUGUGCUCCCUGCUACAGGGCUCAUUACAUCUGGGCCAAUAUCAUCAGGGCCACUUAACUCAUCUGGUGCCCCUCGAAAAGUUUCUGGUCCUCUUGAUUCUACUGGAUCAAUCAAACUGCAUAGUGCUGUUGCUCAUAACCAAGCUGUCACUACCCUAAGCUUAGAGGAUGAGUAUUCGUUCAGACGAAGUUUACCCAAAACAAUACUGUGGGCUGUGAUUCUUCUAUUCAUGAUGGGUUUUAUUGCUGGAGGGUUUAUUCUUGGUGCUGUUCGUAAUCCCAUCCUUCUCAUUGUCGUCGUCAUCAUAUUUGGUGUUGUUGUAGCACUUUUUAUGUGGAAUUCUUGCUGGGGACGGCGCGCCAUAGUAGGAUAUAUCACUCGCUAUCCCGAUGCUGAGCUUAGGACUGCAAAAAAUGGGCAAUAUGUGAAGGUGUCGGGGGUUGUUACUUGUGGCAAUGUUCCCCUUGAGUCAUCAUUUCGAAAGGUUCCCAGAUGUGUAUACACAUCUACUUGUUUAUAUGAAUACAGGGGUUGGGAUUCCAAGGCUGCUAAUCCACAACAUCGGCGCUUUUCAUGGGGCCUCCGAUCUUCGGAGCGACAUGUGGUUGACUUUUACAUAUCUGAUUUCCAAUCUGGGUUACGGGCCUUGGUCAAAACGGGAUGUGGGGCAAGAGUGACUCCGUAUGUUGACAAUUCUCUUGUUAUUGACAUAAACCCAAACAACAAAGAUCUGUCUCCAGAAUUUAUCAGUUGGUUGGGUCAUCAGAACCUCUCAAGUGAUGAUCGUGUGAUGCGCUUGAAAGAAGGGUACAUCAAAGAAGGGAGCACUGUGAGUGUAAUGGGAGUUGUCCAGAGGAAUGAAAAUGUGCUUAUGAUAGUUCCUCCAUCAGAACCAUUCUCAACCGGAUGCCAAUGGGCGAAGUGUAUCCUCCCUGCAAGCCUAGAUGGAAUAGUUUUGAGAUGUGAGGACUCUUCAAAGAUCGAUGUGAUACCGGUGUAGUACAUAUUAUGCCUCUAUACCAGGAUCUUUUUCCUUCUUUUUGAAAAUCAAGUUAAUGUCUGUAAUUAAGACAUCCAAUCUGGAAUGGCUUGUAGUUUCUUUUUACAAUGACUUGGGGCUUGGAUGUAUAGCUUUUUUUUGUUUUUUUUUUGUUUUUGUUUUCUUUUUUGUUUUCCUUUUUGUUUGAUAGGCGUGAGAGCUCAUGUAACAAGGUUUGCUUCCUCAGUAAAGGGGUCUUUGCUGUGUCUUAAAGGGGAAGAACCCUGUCAUGUAUUGAGUUCAUGUCUAGAAAAUAUUCUUAAGGUAUUGCAUAAAUUUGUUUUUA